GUUAAAUUUCGGUUUGUUGCAGUGCCAGUGGAUCUACUCAAACGUUCUUCAUUUUUAAUCCCUUUUUAUCGUCUGUUUUAGUGGCAUAGCCAACGCCUUUCAUUCAGUACAGGUCUGCGGGGGAAAACAGUCAAAGAAAGCGCCCCCUGCUGGCAGACACGUGUUCGAGCGUUUGAAGUAAGCUGAAGAUACAAAUGGAGAUCCGUAGUUUUUAUCUGCAAGUUGGAGAAAUUAAAGAAAGUAAAUUAAGUCAAGAUAAAAUGUGUAUCUUUUUGUAAAUAUUAUCGCCUGUGCUUCAUCAGCAGCCAGACAGCGAUGCCUUCUUAUAUUCCUACAGGCCUUAUGAUCUCAUAGGAUUAUGUAAUCACUCCCCCAUGACAAAGAUGUUCAGCCCUGAACAUUUUCUGCAGACAAAACACACGGCACACACAUGGGGGGCUCAAAUAGCACCGGUCCGUCCAGAGGACACCUGUAUCACGUCCCGAGCUCUGGACGCUUGUCUGUGGCCGGGCGCAAAACAUGAAGACAAACAUGUGACUCGUCCAAAGGGACGUGUAGCGUUCGGUCUGUUAUGAAUUUACGCUGCGUCUCUUUGUUGUCUCUUUGUCUCUGCUGCACUGAGACGCCCUCCUCUGCCCCAGUUUUAUGAGUUCCUCUGCUGUCCUCGCAGGCACAGGAGACAAAGACAGGAGGACGUCAGAGAAACAUUCACACGUGGAAACGCUGAAUCAGACAGAAUGGACAUGGAGACGGAUGAUGGAGGGCGGACACGGUCAGUCGGAUUGAUCGUCUCAGUUUGUUAAGCGGCCCGAUAAGUUAUUCUGGACUCACCAUUUGCUUUUGCCUGCUGUUCCUGACAUGAAAACACACAAAGACACACGUUUACACUCAGGUCCGCACACAACACACUGUUACGAUCAGUUAUUAAUCCACGGGAGAAACAGAAAAAACGACAUUUAUCCAUCUGCUAGGGAAGAAAGCGUUUCAUAAAACCUAUCCUGCCCCGUCUCCACAGUCUUCUCUGAGCGCAGCGCGCGGCGGCGAAUGGGAAAAAGCUUCUUUUUUUUCCCCCUCUCACUACCCCUCCAUCCCUCACUCUCCCCUCUUUUUCUUUUUUUUUGUCUCUUCUUCUAUCCCUCUCUCUCAGCCGCUGUCCCUGGCUCUGGUGUGUGCCUGUCUCCCUCUGCCAAGUCACAUCACUAAUUCUCCAGGCGAUUAGCGUCCGAACAGUCGAUGCCUACGAUGCAGAUGCCCAGCGUGACGGUGAAGGAUGUCAACCAGCAGGAGUUUGUUAAGGCAUUGUCAGCUUUCCUUAAAAAAUCUGGGAAACUAAAGGUCCCAGAGUGGGUCGACACUGUGAAGCUGGCCAGACACAAGGAGCUAGCUCCCUGCGAUGACAACUGGUUUUACACCAGAGCAGCGUCCACAGCCCGCCACCUCUACCUGCGAGGAGGAGUGGGAGUGGGCGCCAUGAUCAAGAUCUAUGGAGGCCGCCAGCGGAACGGCGUAUGCCCCGCCCACUUCAGCGUGGGCUCCAGGAACGUAGCGAGGAAGGUCCUUCAAGCCCUGGAGGGCCUCAAGAUGGUGGAGAAAGACCCCAAUGGCGGUCGUCGACUUACUCCUCAAGGUCAGAGGGAUUUAGACAGAAUCGCUGGACAGGUCGCCUCUGCAAACAAGAAACAGCGAAGUUUACAAAGCGCCGCCUGAGGAAAGCGUCCAGAGCGCAUACGGCGUGUUUAUUCACUUUUUAUUUGCUUGUCUUUCCAUAUCAGUCUGGUUCCCACUCUGUCCAAGGACAGCAGACAGAGAUGCAUGAGUCUGCAGUUCAGCUGAACUUGUGAACCAAUAUAAAGUAUAAACAAGCAUUAGCAUGUUAAAGUUGUUGCUCUCCACCAAGAAGCUGUGAAAACCGGAAAAUAAAACAAUUGCAACGGACCCAGAAA